AUGAAAAAACCCCUCAAUGCAGCUCUAAUGGGUUCAUCGGUGGUUGAACAAAUCACAAGGAAGGGAGAUCUAAUCUCCGGCAGGCUUCCCUUGGUUCACUAUCUCCGUCUCCGUCAGCCACCAAUCGUGGAAAGGAAUGGAACGGAGGCAGGCGUGUUGCCGUCAAGUGGCAGCGACGAAUGCUCCUUCUAUCCGACAACAAUCACGCGGGGAGGGAAAGACUUCGAUCCUCAGUUGAUCGGAGAAGAAAGAAACACACAAACAUUCAGAAAAUGGCCAUUGACUCUUAAUCGAUCGCAAGGAAGGGCUGCAAUCGGCGGCCUCAAACCUCCGAGGCCGACCACCUUGCUUCCUCCUACUGUCGGUACAUCCAUUGGCGACCAAGUCGGAGCCAUGAAUGUCAAUGAGAGGGUUGUAGAUCUCCUCAGUCGUCGCCCAGCUGAGUUCAUCCGUCGUUGCGCCGCCAAGCUAGCUGCCAUCCGUGAAGACUGUUGUCGUUCGCUGUUCCGACCAAGCAGGGCGCCUGUUACCUCGCCAAUGAGCACCGCCGACCGCCACACUGUUGAGGAAGGUUGCCAUUGUGAUGUUGCUGCCGGAGAAUCGUCGUUUCUGGGUUCCUACCAUCGUUUGCCACCCAUGGUGCUUGAGUUGGGAAAGUUUCAGUCUCCGGAUCGUGGUUGUGUGUGGUUGCUAUUUGUUUGCUCGGAUGAGGGACAAGAAAGACCACCGCCACCACCAUUGGGUGGUGGCUAG